GUCGUAUAGAAGCGCUGUUCUGAUUCGAGUCUAGCGGUGAGAUUUUCAUUUAAAUUCAAUCAACAAAACUUGAUUCGGUCGCCGCCGCCGCACCGGUGAACCCAAUCCGCCCUCAGUCAGACUCAGCAAGGAGAGCAUAUUCGACAAAUUUAAACAAAGUGCACCUCCAAAUCCUCCAACUCCAAGAUGUUUGGUUCUACCGGGUUUGUUUCAAAUAUUGCAGCCUGCCUUCGUCAAAACCUAACUCUUCGUGGUGUGCAAGUACGAAAUAUAAACAUUGGAGGUGGUCUUGGAGGUGAGAUUCCAGAUAGCAAGCGUCUUCAGUAUGCUCUUCAGCAUCUCCAUGGGAUUGGCCGUUCAAAAGCUCAUCACAUUGUGUGCGAGCUUGGAGUUGAGAACAAAUAUGUGAAGGACCUAAGCAAACGUGAACUAUAUUCCCUUCGCGAAUUGCUUUCCAAGUACUUGAUUGGAAAUGAUUUGAAAAAGUUAGUUGAGAGAGAUGUGGGAAGGUUGGUUGGUAUUCAAUGCUAUAGAGGGAUCAGGCACGUCGAUGGUUUACCCUGCCGGGGACAACGAACUCAUACAAAUUCCCGCACUAGGAGGACUAUGCGUACUUUUGGGGGUUCAAGAUAAAUGCUGCUCAAGUAACAGUUGAGUUGUGCUAGUGCUCUGCUUUUAUCUUACCUAAUACGUUUUGUUAGACACUUGAUUACAUUAGCCAAAAUCCACACACAUCGAAUUUUACAUCAUCAAUUGCCAUUGGUGUGUUUAUUGCCGCAUCAUUGCUUUGCAAUAAUACUAGUUCUAGUUUUUGUAUUGAUAUUGUCUUGCUAGAUUAUGAUGUUUUUAUAUAAAAGAAUUGCUUUAUUCAAUCGUACAUUCAUUGAUAGCUACAUAUAUAUGACAUUAGUGGGACAUCAAUUUUGUUGACA